AUGGCACAGGAAGUCCGUCCUCUGACAACGUCACGACAGCAGCUCAGUGUUUUAUUCGCGUGCUUUUCCAGAAGUAAAGACACUUCAGGUCUGACCGACACCGAAUUGGCUCCAGACUCCGACCCACCGGGCAUGGACACCAGCUACCUGGCUGUGAAGGAUCAGGGCGUCAAGGCGUCCUCGGACAGGCUGCCGGGCGCCGACUUGGCGAGUCCUCUGGACAAAAGCGAUGGCGGCGAGAGCAACAAGGGCAAGAAGAGGCGCAACCGCACGACCUUCACAAGCUACCAGCUGGAGGAGCUGGAAAAGGUUUUCCAGAAGACGCACUACCCUGACGUUUACGCUCGGGAGCAGCUGGCACUGAGGACAGACCUGACCGAAGCUCGUGUGCAGGUUUGGUUCCAGAACCGACGGGCGAAAUGGAGGAAGAGGGAGCGCUUCGGUCAGAUGCAGCAGGUCCGGACGCACUUCUCCACGGCUUACGAGCUGCCUCUGCUGACACGACCUGAGAACUACGCACAGAUCCAGAACCCUUCCUGGAUCGGAGGCAGCAGCGCCGCGUCUCCCGUGCCGGGCUGUGUGGUUCCCUGCGACACCGUGACCCCGUGCAUGACCCCUCACCCCCACUCUGCCAGCGGGGUGUCCGAUUUUCUGGGUGUGCCGAGCCCCGGGGGUCACGUGGGGCAGGCUCACAUGGGCAGCCUGUUCGGAGGGUCCCCCGGCAUGGCCGCCGGCAUCAACGCGUACGAGCUCAACAUGGACCCGGACCGCAAGUCGUCCAGUAUCGCGGCCUUGCGCAUGAAGGCCAAAGAGCACAGUGCAGCCAUAUCUUGGGCCACAUGAUGCGUCAGUAAAUGCUGGAUGGGGGAACUUGUUGACCCCCCCCCACCCCCCCCUAGAGGCUGAAACAAACCUACCAUGGCACGAAAGUAGAGAAUUGUGCGGGCAACGGUGACUACCUUUAUGAAUGUUGCAAUAGAAUAAUUAUGCAAACACACGGACGGAUGAAGACAAACGAUUUUGGUAAGAUCAGCGGCGCCGUUCAUUCUGCCGCGUCUCAGCAGCUCUGGCGGCUGCAGCGAGCGGAGCGGGAGGCGGAUGUUGCCGUGUACAGGAAAAAGUCAAAAAGUUAGAGAAAAAAAAAAAAAUCCAUGCACUUAUUUGCUAAAAUACAGGAAAUUCUGUUGUAGUUCCACGUUCAGGUGCUGUUUUAUUUUUUACCUUGUUAUUUAAAGUUUGGAGUGUUCUUCUUUUUAUUUCUUUGCCCUGCCACAACUAAAAAUUCACAUUUAGCUUUGUGCCGUGUAAAUAUUAUUUGUAAAAGACAGCCUUUAUCAGCAUUCGCACGUGCCUCGCUGAAGUCGUGUCGGUGCUCGGAUAAAGUUACCGAAAAGCAUUUAUAUCCAGCGCGUGUCUCACAAACAUGCGUGUAUUUUAGCAACUGCAGAACUCAAAAAAAGUCACCAGAGACAGAUCCACCUGCCGCACCUGGUGGCCUGAGAGA